AUGGUUGUGUGCUUGUCAUCUUUGAGUACUGGCUCUGCCAUGCUCUUUCUACUACUGCUUCAAGGAACUUUGGCUUUAACUACAUAUUCAUCUAAAUCUGGAUCAGUUGCUGCCAGCCCUGCGUUUCUACAAUCUCAGCAGCCGGCUAGCCCACAGAUCUCUCCUGCAAGUCGGCCAUCCUCAGCACCUCCUACACUAUCCACUCUUGCAGAGGCUGAUGCUGUAACUGGACAAGUACAGGGUCAAAUGUGGUCAAUUACCUACAUUAUCCUUGGCCCCAUCCUUGCUGUGCUGAUCGUUGCUAUUGCGUUUUGCAUUUAUCGCUAUAGACCUCUUCACUGGCUACUUCCAUCGCCUCGUCCAACUGUCACCCAUGCUGAAGAUGUUGAAAUUGCUUAUAUUGUUGAGCCCCAAAAAUACCCUGCAAAACAAUCUGUUUUUCAAGAAUUGGAUCCCAUUGCCCAGCAUCAGCAUCAGCAUCGCCCGCACAGAUAUAUAUCAAAUAAUCGAUCGUCAUCUAGCAUAGCUCUGUCACCAUUGGAAAAUGACAGUUCUGUCAUCGCUCCACCAUCCGUUGCCACCGUUUCAUCAAAUCGAUGCCCAACUCAUCCGCUACCCCAUGCAGCUACAAGUGGCUUCGAGCAUUCCCGUGGAGUCUCAUAUACCAAUGGAUCAUUGUCCAGAGUUUCUCCCUCUAUUCCUCCAUUUUCAACACUAAACUACUGCUCUGCCACACCAGCUUCAGAUAUGGGCUCUAUUCGGAUACAUACUGUCAACAGUUUAAAUGGACAUAUUUCUGCACAUUCAGAGAAGCUUCCCCAGUACAGCGUUGCUACAAUUGUUGUGGGUCAUCCACCAGCAUACCGCUGA